UCCUUCUCCUGGAGCGGGCUCUGGGUUCUGCUUCGCCGCGUCCCGCUGCGGGUGGCAGGGCAGCCGGGAUUCCCUUGCCCCGAGUCCCGCGGCGAGGCGGCGGCACCCUGCAGGGCCUGCCGCCUACUGCUCGGAGGGUCCGCGUUCGAUUUGUCUCCCCUUCCCGCUUCCCCGCGCCUAGGCGCUCGCUGCCCCCGCCCCCCCCCCCGCCGCGUUGCCAUGGGCACGGAGUCGCCGUUGGGCAAGCCGCUGCCGCGGUCCUGCCUCCGGACGGUCGGUAAAGGCGCUGGCUCCGGCCUGGAAAGAUAUGAACAAUGACCAUAGUUAACAAGCCAAAAUCUUCAAACUCUAAAAAAUCAUCAUCAAGGCAGUCUGACAAAUCUAAGAAACCCCGUACGAAGAAAAUGACAUCCCGCACUGCAAAUCUGGGACGGGUGCCACCUGCAGAAGAUCCAAAUGUCUCUGUGGACAAAGGGCCUGGAGGUCAUAUUUAUUGUAGGUCAUCUCAAAAAUCUAAGCCUUUUGCCCAAAGAGAUCUAGUGGUCAAUGAUGGAAUUGCCCCACCACAAAGGAUUCUGUUUCCACCUGAGAAAAUCUGUAUGGACUGGCAGCAAACGCAAAGCGUGGGAGUUGGACUGCAAAACCUGGGCAACACCUGCUUCCUUAACUCUACUCUCCAGUGUUUGACCUAUACCCCUCCACUUGCCAAUUACAUGCUUUCUCUCGAGCACACCCAGUCAUGUCACGAGGAAGGAUUUUGUAUGAUGUGUACAAUGGAAACUCACAUAAACCAGGUCCUGUGUUGCUCCAAUAAUGCCAUCAAACCCACAUCUGUUAUCAAUGGCCUUAAAAGAAUAGGAAAACAUUUCCAUUUUGGCAGUCAGGAAGACGCACAUGAAUUCUUAUGCUUCACCGUCGAUGCUUUGCAGAAAGCUUGCUUGAAUGGAAGCACCAAAUUGGACAGAUCUUCCCAAGCCACCACCCUUAUCUAUCAGAUAUUUGGAGGCUAUCUAAGAUCUCGAGUGAAGUGCUUAAACUGCAAAGCAGUUUCAGAUACCUAUGAGCCAUUCCUUGAUAUUACUUUGGAUAUAAAGGCAGUUACCUCUGUCACCAGGGCUCUAGAACAAUUUGUGAAACCAGAGCAACUGGAUGGUGAAAACAGCUACAAGUGCAGCAAGUGUAAGAAGAUGGUUCCUGCCUCAAAGAGGUACACCAUACACCGUGCUUCCAACGUUCUCACAAUAUCACUGAAGAGGUUUGCAAAUUUCACUGGUGGAAAAAUCAACAAGGAUGUAAAAUACCCUGAAUAUUUGGAUCUCCGAGCAUAUAUGUCGCAGUCAAUAGGAGAACCUCUCAUCUAUGCUUUGUAUGCAGUUCUGGUGCAUAGUGGUUUCAACUGUAAUGCAGGACACUAUCUCUGCUUCAUCAAGGCUGGGAAUGGACUCUGGUAUCGAAUGAAUGAUGCUUCAGUAGAGCUCUCUGAUAUCAAGACAGUGCUCAACCAGCAAGCUUACGUACUUUUUUAUAUCAGGCGCUACGACCUGACCCUCGGAGAACGUGCGUUUUACUUGCCAGCACCAUCCUAUCCCCGCUCCUUCCUCGGGCAGCGGGGGGCUAACAGUAAGCAGGCUGGGUUUAUGGGACCACGACUUCCUCCUCACAUGAUGAAGAACUCAAGUCGUCUGAAUGGAAAUGGGCCCCUAAAAGAGGAUCCAAAUACCAUUGGUGUUACCCUAAAAAGGCCAUCUUCAGCUCCACCAACAGCUUGUGUUCAAAACUGGGCAAUUGCCAGGCCUUCAAUUCCAGAUCCAUCCAAACCCCAGAAGAUCACUAUCAGUAUUCAUAACAAAUUGCCUGCACGUCAGACUGUGUCACAAGCUGACUGUCUUAGCGGUGCUGCAGAGGAUGAGGACCUAAGCAAGCCUGUAGCUUCAUCUACCAUUACAAAUUCUUCUGCAGCAGAGUCUACCUCAAAUGCAUCUACAAUGUCAGUUGCUACUAACAUUUCCAAACAGGAAGUUCCUGAGGAGAUUUUUGUUGAGCCAGCAGUGAAUGGAAAUGGAAACCCUAAACUCAGCUCUGAUAGCGCGGCCCCUUACGGUGCGGAACCGUGGGGAAAAUCCGAGGAGUCAAAGGGCUUGUUCAAAAGGAAUUGCAACAUAGUAUCUUCCAAUGGGAUUUUGAUUGGAAAGGUGGUCCGUACGUUGCAGAAUUCCCAUUCUUCCUCUCAGAAUGCUGAAGAAGAGAGAUCCCAGCAUGAGCUGCCAAAAAGUGAUUCCCUAAAUGGUGCUAUUAGUUUAGAUAAUGAAUCUAAAGAAAACGGACUGAAACUUGAUGAUGCCACUUGCCAAGUCCAACCUGUUAAACCUUCUGAGAUUUUCUUUCCUAAAACAAAUGGACUGCUUGAAACAAUGCCUGUAAGGUUGUCACCGGUUCCUCAAGAAAUCCUCUUAGAGUCUCUCACAUACAGCCAGUUGAACAGCUUGUCAGAGGAAAUAAGUGUCCCUGGACCACAGAAAUCUUCUGAGAAUGCUGCUCUCAUGGAAAAUGUGGUGAUGGAAGCACUCUUUGCCUAUGAGGAAUCCAGGAAGGUUCCUUCCAACUUUAGCUGUGAGGUUGAGAAUCUUUUUUCUCAGUCAGAUUCCGAAACCAUUUCUACCAAAGAAGUAGCUGAAAGUAUGAAACAAGCUGACAACAUCCAUCCCAACAUCAACGGGCAGCACAAGGUCAGGAAAAAACCCUCGGACGCUGAAGAGGAGCUCCUCGGGCAGUGCGAGUCGGAAGAUGGCAGAGACAAAGACAAACUGAGAAGAUCAAAAGAACCCGAACCCCUUUCAAAAGAAAAUCCCUCGUACAUCAAAGGGUCUCCUGAAAGGGAAGAGAAGUUAGGACCAACUUCCUCUCUGAAGCCUGACGUUGAAUGUAGUUCUAAAACACUUGUGUCGCUGGAUACGGCAGAGAAAUGCCAGGAUGCAAAGGACGUUUCUCAUAGCUAUGUGGAGGUGCCACCUGUGAAUGACUCUUCCAUUACGAAGCUGGAUAAAGUGCUGGAGAGUCAAUUCUCUAGAGACAACGAGGGACUGAGUAACAAAAAAUGUGAAGAAGACAAACACAGAAAAAAAUACAAGAAAACUCUGUAUGACUCUAAAAGAACUGACAAAGAGCACUACCGGAGGAAGAGAGAAAGCUCAGACACUGAAGAGAGGGAGAAGCAAGGCAGAAGCAAACCAGAUGAGCAUUCCCACAAGAGGAGGAGGUCUGGCAGCAUAGAAACAAAUAAGCAGAAUCGCCCUAAGCAGCAGGAGCAUUGCAGCGAGAGCAAGUACAGAGCCUCCCAUGGUGACAGAAAGAGCCCAAAUAAGGGCAAAAGCUCAGGAAAAUAUUCUCGGUAUAGAUCCCGAAGCAGAGAAAGAACAGAACAAGACAGGAGUAGGUAUUAUCAUUCCAAAGGAGACAGAACUUGGAGCAGAGAAAGAUACUAUCAGGAUGAGCCAUGGAGAUGGGAUAAAUGCAGGUACUACCAUGAUUAUUACUCCUCGUAUGGAGCAAGAGAUGGCAGAGAGAGAAAAUCUUCUCAUUCUGAUAAGGACUUUGACAAGCUGAGUCAAGCUUACAACAGGUCACACAAGGAUUAUCAUUGCAGAAGCAGGUGGCCUCACAACACGUUCUCUGACGGGCAUCACUUCAGCAGCCACAGAGCAAACUUCUAUCACUGUUCAGUACCUCAGCAGCAGCCUGACAAAUACCCUCGCGAAAGGCAUGCGCUUCCACCUGGCUCAGCUCAUGCGAGCUUCGAGGACUCCUCCCGGGAAAACGAGAAGCUCAGAAAUGGCAAAAGGAAAUCCAGCCCCUCCGAAAGCAGCGGGAGCGAGAUGGAGAGGAAGUGCCGCAAGGUAGACGACCAAAGAAUGAAAAAAUAUAGGAAGAAGAAAAAGAAGUCCAAAGAUAAACAUCGAGAGAAGGAUUACAAACAUUAUGAUUUGGAUGACUCUGUGCUCCGCUUUGACAAUGACAGUCGCAAACAUAAGAAAAAGAAGAAAAAGAAGAAACACAUCAGGAAACCAAAAGACUUCUUGGAACACUUAGAUCCUCAUUUCCAGAAGAAAAGGCGGGAGCGGGAAGAAUCCUGUUCUCCAGGGGGCUAUUUUUGUGAGCAAUACAGAAACCAGGGCAGUAACCAGCCCUCCAAUGAAGGGAAGUUUUCUGCUGCAGGUGACAGCAAGAAACACAGCUUCAUCCCAUCCAACCAGUAUGGUAAAGAUGCAGAGCUUACUGAUGGAAGCCUUCACUACUCCAGCUAAACCAACCAUUGAACUCAAAUACUUCUUAACCAUCAAACCCAACGACUUUUUACUAUCAAGCCUGACAUGACCAAUAUUGACCAUCACAACUUAAAACAUUUAUUAUCAAAAGAAUCACCAUCAAUACAAAACCCAGUCAUAAGUGGUGCUUAACAUUUCUGUACAGAAUUUUACCAUGAAAGAACUUUUUUUUAAGUUUUGAACUCGAGACUUUCUUUUUUAAACAAAAAAAAACAGACUUCUAAUCCAAAAGGGUGGAAACUUUUUACAACUGCUGAACAUUGUAAAUGACCACAUCAGUCUCUCACCGAGGUGAGCUAAUGCCCUGGAAUAGACCAUCUCAAAUGCUGCUUAAUUACAGACUCAGGUUGACUUUAUGUUAUUCAUGUAAUGUUACUCCCGAGUUAGACAUCUGGUGCAAGAGCGACCAGGAAUUACAGAAAUGGCAACUGACAGUCUGUAUAUUUAAUUUAAAGACUUAUUUAAGAUUUCACAAGCUCUCCAAUAAGUAGAGAUUUGCAAGAGCUUCAUCUUAUUUUUUUUUCCCUGUGAUGUCUGACACUAGCAACUUCUUCACAGUUGAGCUGUAUUCAAGAUCUGAAGAAAAUCUUCCGAUUUUCAGCAUUGUGAAACAAGGAAUAUGCAGUUCUGAAUGUAUCUCAAGACUCUUUGUAUACUCUUCCAUAUGUUUUUAUUACAUUUUCUUAAUAUACUGUCACUUGUCUGAAGUCUCAGUUGUCUGUUUUGUCUCUUUAAAGUGUCUAGUUACAGACAAAUUCAUACUGUGAUUUUUAUUUUUAUUAUUAAAUGCUAUCAAACUGUGAUGCACUUAUUAUUCACUGGUCCUGCAUCAGGAGAUGAGUGGGGAACCUGUAUUAAAUACAGUUCAUCUGAAUAAUCUGUCUGGUUUAUACAAGCUGUGUUGUUCAGAGAUGUCUAAGAGUUUGAUCUUUGUUUUUUUAAAGAUAACAAAAGAAAAAAAAAGCACUUGCCCCACUGUAAAUAUAUAGCAUGUACAAUUUAUAUAGUAUAUAAAUACAGUGAAAAAGUUAAAAUGCAUUUUUACUGGAGUUUUACUUGAGUUCUUUCCCCUGCACCAUGCCCUGUGACUGGACAGCUCGCCCGGUGGUUGCUGCUCCCGAGAGCAGCUCUUCCUUUCAGUGCUAGGUGAGAAGAUGCUGUCGGUGUGACCCACAGAAGUAACUUGGGACUUCAGCUGCCUCCACAAGAAUGCAGAAGGCUUUCUCCUUUGAAGUUGAAAGCUUCCAAAACCAGACAACAGGUUGGAAGCUCAACAGUAGCUUUUAAUGGUGUGGGACACUAAGGAGGAAAAAAGGGAGCAAGGGCACUGUUUUACUAGAAAAACAAAUCUUUUGGUACAUGGAGAACACUCUACAGCCAACCAGAAGUGUACCCUGCAUAUGUUCCUAUGGCAACAGUUAUGUGAAGUUACAUAAAGUAACGUGACAAACAAAACA